CCAGCCGUUGACCCCCAUGGCUCUCUGCCCGUAGUCUGCUACGUCUCCAGGGAUUCCAUCUUCAGCCAGCGGCCGGCGGAGCCCAGUGCGGUGAUGCGCCGGACGACUGUCUUGGCCCUCGGCUCCAUCGUCCUGGUUUACCUGGUAAUGGGCGCCUUCAUCUUCCGCCUGCUGGAGCAACCCCACGAAGCCAGCCGGCAGGUGAAGAUCCAGGUGUACCUGGAGCAGUUCCUGAAGGAGCAUGGGUGCGUGGCCGUGGAGGAGCUGGAGGAGCUGAUCCAGCAAGUAAGCGAGGCUACAGGCGCUGGCGUGGAUCCGGUGGUCAACGGGAGCAAUGCCAGUACCUCUCACUGGGACAUGGACAGUGCCAUUUUCUUCGCCGGCACUGUUAUCACCACUAUUGGAUUUGGGAACAUCUCCCCCAAAACCAGACAUGGCCAGCUCUUCUGCAUCUUUUAUGCCCUGGUGGGAAUUCCUCUCUUUGGGAUGUUACUUGCUGGGGUUGGAGACCAUCUGGGAUCCUCUCUCCGGAAAGGGAUCGGAAAGGUGGAAGAUAUUUUCUUGAAGUGGCAGGUGAGCGCCACCAUCGUCCGCGUCAUCUCCGCGCUGCUCUUCAUCCUGAUCGGCUGCCUCCUCUUUGUCUCUCUGCCCACCAUUGUCUUCCAGCAUGUAGAAGGCUGGACACUCCUGGAAAGUGUCUACUUCGUGGUGAUCACCUUGACCACGAUUGGGUUUGGUGACUACGUGGCAGGUGACACGAAAAGCCAUGAUUAUUUCUGGUACCAACCACUGGUGGUGGUCUGGAUUCUGCUGGGACUGGCGUACUUUGCCUCCAUCCUGACCAUGAUUGGCAACUGGUUGCGGGUGCUGUCCAGACGCACGAGAGCUGAGAUGGGAGAUCUGACAGCGCAUGCCGCCUCCUGGACAGGCAACGUGGCGUCCCAGCUGCGUGUCCCCAGCAUGGGGUUUCCGGAGAAGCUGCAUCGAGUCGCCUCCUUAAAAGGGAAGCCUCUAUCGCCUUCAGCCAUCUUGCCUCAAGGGGAAAACCCCCUGUCUUCGCCACCGCCUGCAUUCAUGUUGCAGCACCCGGGUCUGAUGCCAGCCACAGCACCGCUCUGCUUGGGCCCUUCCUCGUCCCCCUCGCAAAAUGUGGCUCAACUGAACACCCGCAACGUCGUUUCCCCACGGCCUAUCGACUACACAGGGGAAAACCUGGCUUUCAUUGACGAGAGCUCUGACACACUUAGCGAAGGGGGACCCCCUUCCACCCGGCUUCCCCGACGCUGGCGCCCGCGGGCACGGCACCGUGCUGAUCCUAGAGAGCCACUGGGGUUACCCAUGAUUCUUCUCAGCCGGAACCGGGACAAAGGCGAAUCGGUCUAAAGACAGGAGCGCAUCAGCGCUUAGCUUGGAGGGAUUUUCUGAUCCAUGGUGCCGAUCCAUCCAUUCUUUUCCUCCACUCCUGGCGGAGGGAGAUCCUAAGCGACUGUGUUCUUGUUUGCACGAGGUGCUGAGCAAAUGCCCUGACAUGUACCCAUUCCCAUCUGCAGUGAUAAAACGGCUCCUGGAAGGGGCUGGGAAGUGCCCUCAGCAUUCCCCCU